AAAAAUCAAUAGAAGACCAAAGGCUAAGUCAAAUAUUGACUAAAGACUAAGUCAAAUAAACUACUAGUAUCUAAUACCUUCACCAAACGUUCAUAGAGUGCCCUCUCUUAUUCCAUUCACCCAAGAUUUUGGUAUUUUUCUCAAUUCUCGCCAACAUGUCAAACAGUGAGAGAAGGAUUAUCAGCUUUGAAGAAGGAUGGGAUUUCAUGCAGCAGGGCAUCCAAAAGCUUCUAGAAGGCUUGCCCGAGCUUAACAUCACUGCUGACGAUUACAUGACGCUAUCUACGACCAUUUACGUUAUGUGUACUCAAAAGCCUCCUCAUGAAUAUUCCGAACAAUUGUAUGAAAAGUACAAGGAAACAUUUGACGGGUACAUCAAAUCAACUGUUCUGCCAUCUUUGAGAGAAAAGAAAGAUGAACUUUUGUUGAGAGAACUACUUGAAAGAUGGUCAAAUCACAAAAUUAUGACCAAGCUCCUCUCAAGAAUUUUUCGUUAUCUUCAUAAAUACCAUAUCCGUAAAAGGGGACUUUCUUCUCUUGAAGAAACUGGCUUCUUAUCCUUCUAUUACUUGGUAUAUGAUGAGAUGCAUAGACAAGUAAUGGAUGCAAUAUUAGCAAUGAUCGAUCGGAAACGCGCAGGAGAGCCUAUUGAUCAAACACUGGUUAAUAACGCAUUGGCUUUCUACUCCGAGAUUGGAGAAAGCACAAGAAAGAACGACCCAAAACACUUUGCAGAAACAAUGACUAAAGAAUAUGCAGCAUUCUAUACUAUGUAGAGGCUUCAAAUUGGAUAGCAAGUUUUGCAAUCUUUAGCAGAAACAAUGACUAAAGAAUAUGCAGCAUUCUAUAAUGUAGAGGCUUCAAAUUGGAUUAGCAAGAUUUGCAAUCUUUAAAUUGAAAGUAAAAAAAAAAAAUUGCUACUUUAUUUUCCCUUUUUAUAGUAGAUACUAAGUGGAACAUUGAAAGAAUAAAAAUGAUUGCUACUUUGUUUGAUUGUAUAUAUAAUUGCACACGAUUUUAGACAACAAUUUAUCUUUCA